UGAACUUGCACAUUAGCCCACCAACAAGUUCCACAAAACCAGUCUCCAGUUCGUGGUUUCGAGGUUCAUAAUCCUAAGAACAAAGGGAAUCUCCAUUUCUUCUUCUUCUUCCAUAUUGUAGAUCUCCAAUUGUAGCAAUAAGUGAAACCUUUAGUUUCUUUUGUUCUAUUCUGUUCUUUUCUCUCUGAAGUUUGAGGUUUCGCUUCGGUUUCCUAGAGAACUUGCAGCUUGAACUAAAAUUUUCCAUCUGAUCUGAAAGUUGAAUCGAUCCAAAAACCAGAGUUUUAUGAGAAGAAUGAUAUUGAGCUAUAAGGGUUGCAUCAUCUGGAAGUUGUGCUCGGAGAAGAGUUUCUAUGUUUGGAUAUUCCAUACUCUGAAUAGGUACACUAUGAGGUAGAGAGUCAGCUUCCAUGACUUUUCAUCUUUUUGAGGGGAAGCUAAUCUCAUCAUUUCUCGUAUGCUCGAGUUUUAAAUAGUGUGAUCUUAAUUUUUCCUUCUUCUUUUUCUUGCUUCAUUGUUCCAUGAGAGAUAGACCGAGCGUAGAAUUGCAAGAAGAAAAAUGAAUGCUAUGUUGUUGCCACCCGGCUUUCGGUUUCAUCCUACGGACGAGGAGUUAGUCGGAUACUACCUGAAGAGAAAAGUAGAUGGGCUUAAGAUCGAGCUCGAGGUCAUUCCAGUGAUCGAUUUGUGCAAGUUUGAUCCUUGGGAGCUACCAGACAAAUCGUUACUUCCAAGAAGAGACAUGGAGUGGUUCUUCUUCUGCCCACGGGAUCGCAAAUACCCAAACGGUUCACGCACGAACAGAGCUACCGUUUCUGGAUACUGGAAAUCCACGGGCAAAGAUAGAAAGAUUUCAUGUGAGUCUUCCGUGUUCGGGUUGAGGAAAACACUCGUCUUCUACCGCGGACGGGCUCCCGGGGGAGAAAGAACCGAUUGGAUCAUGCACGAGUACCGUCUUUGCGAAGAUCUUGUCCAAGGAGCUUCGAACUUUCUGGGAGCUUUUGCCUUGUGCCGAGUAGUCAAGAGAAGUGGCAAUGGGGUGACAAGUAGCGAUCGACAUGGAGAACCCAAAGCUAAAAGGUGUCCCAAGAGAAACUUCGAUGAGGCCUUGCACGGCACAGAGGAAAGUUCAUCUCUUGAUCUCAUUGACAGCAGCUGCAACGCAUCUGACCUCCCAUCACCAGAAACUGUGAUCGCCUUCAGAGAACCGCAUGUGAUUUCAGAUGCAUCAAAGGCGGAUGGAGGAGCUUCAAUGCCCUCAAAUGGGGUUCCUAACCCAACGAGAGAAGCUUUCACCGUCGAUGAACCUGGGAAUGCACUCUUCUCGUCUUUCGCAAGUCCUGCACGUUGCAUGGGCAUGGGCAUGUGCAUGUGCAGCAGCAGCUGGGAAGACAUCACGUUCCACAGCCUCCGGUGGGAUGCAACAACAUACAUCGACGAAUCAUAUGGUGGUACAGAAGAUUUCGGUGCAGCAGCAUCUGCUCACAUUUGUCGGCAGGCAAGUGAAGGAGAAGAAGCCAACUUAUGGUUGCAGGAAGACAACACAGUGACUGUGAUGUGAUGGAUUUAUCCAGAUGAAGGCUGCAAGAUUUCUGAUGGUGUGGAUAGUAAUAUUGGGAGUAAGAUCUCCACAACAUCCCUUUUGAUGCCUGUGUGGAGGAAUUAGUGUGACCAUUGCAGAUGUCUCCAAAGAUGUAUCUCCGAUGCAAUAAUAAAAGUGGAUCAUUUCUUUCUGGUUUAUGCCAUCCUA